CUCUCAUCUCCGCCCUUAUAAUUACCCCGCCCGCUUUCUUCUUCCCCCAAGAAGCGAGAAGCAUGGGCGAGGGUUUCGCCUGUGCGCCGACGGCCGAAUGAGAUUUCAGUUUGUUUGAUUAGUUAAUGCAAAAGAAGGCAACAAGCUCGAGGUAGCAAUUGCAUACUUGUUAUGUGCUCUUGCAAUUGUUGCCUCAUGCUCAAUUGUUGCCUCAAGCUCGUUGCCUCCCUUUGCUAAAACUGUGAGUUAAAAACAUAGCUAUGCUAUGUUUAAUUAUGAUUAAUUGAGGGAUCAUUUGGAAAUUAGAUAAUUUGAAUUUGAAUGUCAUAAAUCAGGUUAUGUGCUCUUGCAAUUGUUGCCUCAUGCUCAAUUGUUGCCUCAAGCUCGUUGCCUCCCUUUGCUAAAACUGUGAGUUAAAAACAUAGCUAUGCUAUGUGCCUGUAUUGCUAUGUUCUUAAAAGUUUUGUAAAUAUCUCGGAAAAUAAACAUCUAAAAAGUGAAUUACAUCUUUGUAUUAUCGAAUUCAAAUUUGUCAUGCACAUAAACAAGAAAUGUAGAAAAGGGGGAGAAAUAAUCGUCUAAAAUCUUAAUUUAGUUGGCAUAAUAUCGAUAGCUUGAAUUGCUUUUCUAAUGAACGUUAAUGCAUGGCUUGGUGUGGUGAUAAGAGGCAAGAUUCAUUUUCAUGCAACAUAGUUCAAAUCUCAUGCUAGACAUUUUCAGACGUUUGCUGAAUGAUACUAGGGCACUUUCUUGGUUCACCUGUGCUUUUCGGAUUUGUUUGUUGGCUAAUCUGUGUGGCUGGAUUGCUCAUCUCCAAGACCACUUGGACCGAAGUGUUUAAAAAAUUUGAAGAAUAGAAUUGUUCUUUCUGUUAAAAUUCCAUUUCAACAACUUGGAUACGCAAGGCUCUUGUUGAGAAUCAAUAUCCAGAAUUACAACUGAAAAAAGACUUCAUAAACUUGGUAGUUUACACGGGUUUUAUUUUUUCUAUUAAUUUCCUCGUCCAUUAUUUUUUUUGUGGGGAACCAAUUAUUUUUGACGAACUUGGAAAUUGUAAAAGAAAAGCUACUCAAAAUAGAUUGUCUGGGAAAUAUAUUUUGAUCCAAGAAUCGGAUAAUAAUAAUAAUAAUAAUAAUAAUAAUAAUAAUAAUAAUAAGUGAAAGUCUAGCAUCCACUACUUGGUGAAAGUCCACUAGUGGUCCGCGUAAAACGCCCAAAUAACCAUAUCCGCGAUCUAGAGCUGGAGCUCUGCCCUAUUGUCUCCAAAUUCAAGAUGAGCAACUCCUGGACCUUCGUACCGGCGACGCUCCACUGUGUUCCCCUCCUCCGGCUGCCGCGACCUUCCCUUUCCCUCCGUCCCUCCUCCCUCCACAAGCACAUGGCUUCCUGUUGCGCCCCGUCGUCGGGGACUCCUCGAAGCUCGCAGCUGCACAGCCUCACUUCUCUGCUACAUUACGGAGCCAUCAUGGCCGCAACUGAAGCGCCAUCUGCGUUGGCGGUCACCGGAGACAACAACAUGGAGGACGAUUUGCUGACGACACUUCUCGGCGGCGGAGCCAUCUUAUUCGUCUACCUCUUCGUGGUUCCGCCCAUAAUCAUGAACUGGCUGAGGCUGAGAUGGUACAAGCGCAAGUUCCUGGAGACCUAUCUGCAGUUUAUGUUCGUCUUCCUCUUCUUCCCUGGGUUGUUGUUAUGGGCUCCAUUCAUCAACUUCAGGCCGUUUCCAAGGGAUCCAACGAUGGAGUAUCCUUGGUCAACGCCCAAAGACGAUGUCCCUCUAUACAAACCCAGAAAAUUGACUAGAUAAAGAUCCAAAUUAUCUGUGUCUGCAGACAUUUUUAUGCACUGUAUGGGAAUCGUUGGUGUUAAAUCAGCAUCACUGUUUUUUCUUUAUAGAUUUUGAUUGCUAAAUAUAUUACGUAUUUUAUGAUUUCAGCAAAUUGUUCUCGAAAAUGAUAGCUGUACCAUGUGUUAUAUAAAAUUGUAAUAAAUUUACCAUUCACGGUAAGUUUCUGUCGGAA